AUGUUGCUACAAACGAAGAGACCACACUGUUUCCCUUCCCAGCCUCCACUUGCCUCUUACAGUGACCUCCACCCCCCAGAUCUGACACGGUCCUCACAUACAAAACAAUAUGCAAUAACAACAAAGCUGCUCCCAAGAAACAAAGAAACGCGGGCAACAGAAGCGGCUACCAAACUCCCCAAGCCCACCGCUCACCCCAGCACCUCUUCGCGCCAGCCUGCGCCCGCCUCUUCCCGUUCCGGAAGGACGGCACCUUCCCCAAGCGCUCGGGCCGGGGACCGAGUUCAGGAGGAGGAGAUGAGGGAGGCGGUGCCGCCUUCGCUCCGCCCCGCACAACGGCGCCGUUGCCGGGCAGCCGCCGCCAUGGGUUCGCUGCGGGAGCGCUGCGCCAGGGUUUUUGAAGUGUGUGAUGAAGGUAACAAAGGCUAUUUGAACAGAGAGGACUUUGAAGUUGCUGUAGUAAUGUUGUUUGGUUAUAAGCUCUCAGAGGUGGAGGUGGAUUCAAUAAUGUCUUCUGUGAGACCAGAAAAUUCAGGUAUAUUAUUUGAAAAGUUUUUAAAUCUCAUGAGUGCAAAGAAAUCUGCACAACUGUGUAGUGAUGAAACAAGAGAAAUAUUCACAGCUUUUGACAUGCAAGAUAGAGGAUUCUUGACUUUUGAAGACUUUAAGAAAACCUUCAAUUCUGUUCUUCCAAAAUUAUCUGAAAGAAUCAUAAUUGAAGCCUUCAGAGAGGUUGAUCAGGAUUCUGAUGGGCGCAUCAGCUUCAAAGAGUUUGAAUGUGCAAUGAAGCACGGACAAGAUGAAGUAUCACCAUUGUACUUUGCCUGAAGUAUGCUCUCUGGUGAAAAGACAAAGUGGAAACUUUAGAUCUCAAGUUAUUUAAAAAUCAAUGAUACUUCAUUUGUUUCAGCCAGAAUUUUAAGAACUUUGACUGUAAGUGUAGCUCUGAAGAACAGCCUUUGAAGCUUUACUGUUGACAAGUUGGGUGUAUUAAUUUACAUGUGUAUGUGUGCAUAGAAUACUUAAAAUAUUUGAAAACUCUGUUGAUUCCCAGUCAUCCUAGUUAGGAAAUGCAAUGCUGUACUUUUUGGCUGAGAAAGAAAAGAACUGACUCUGAUUUGCAGUUAUUGUGAAAUGUACUCAUUUGAUAUUUCAACAGCCUUUUGUUGGCUGACCAAAAUAUCUCACAUAUGUAGAAACUGAUUAAAAUUAUGGUGGAUAAUGCUUGCUUUUUAGAAAU